CACUUGCAGAUGACAAGCUGAAGAAAACAAGGCCCUUUUCUCAACCUCCUGCCAUAUCUCUUUGGCUGGCUGCAGGUGUUGCAACUGAUAUAUGGUCCUCUAUCAAGGAGGCUGAGAGCAAGAGGUGAGCCUACAUUCAGCACCAUAUAUGCUGCAAUAUUUGUACACAUCAAGUAUUGUUUCAGGGAGGAAAACACAUGAGAAAACGCUGACGUCCUCUGUCCUACAAGGGUUAUAUUCUCCUGGCUUAGUUACAAGGAACGUUUGGAACCAACAGAGUAAAGAAAUGCAUGGAUGGGAAGAAAUGCAGCGUGUGGAUGUUUUUACCUCUUGUGUUCACCCUGUUCACUUCAGCUGGGCUAUGGAUAGUAUAUUUUAUAGCUGUGGAAGAUAACAAAAUUAUUCCAUUAAACGUGCCAGAUCGGAAACCUGGUUCCAAAAGUCCCCCUUACAUAAGUAUUGCAGGUGAUGCACCCCCUGCAAGCUGUGUAUUUAGCCAAGUCAUGAACAUGGCAGCAUUUCUAGCACUUAUCGUUGCCGUUCUCCGCUUUAUACAGCUGAAGCCAAAGGUGCUAAACCCCUGGCUGAAUGUCAGUGGACUGAUUGCGUUAUGCUUGGCCUCGUUUGGAAUGACCUUACUUGGCAACUUUCAGCUCUCCAGCGAUGAAGAAAUCCAUAAUGUCGGCACCUCCCUGACGUUCGGUUUUGGGACCCUGGCCUGCUGGAUUCAGGCUGCCUUGACGCUCAAAAUAAACCUAAAGAAUGAAGGAAGAAAAGCUGGGAUUCCAAGAGUUGUCUUGUCAGCCUCUAUAACCCUGUGUGUGGUCCUUUACUUCAUCCUGAUGGUACAGAGGAUCCAUAUGCACGCAGCCAGGAUCCAGUGGGGCUUGGUGAUGUGCUUCCUCUGCUACUUCGGCACCUUUGCUGUGGAGUUCAGACACUACAGAUUUGAGAUCAUUUGCUCCGAGUACCAGGAAAACUUUCUGAGCUUUUCCGAAAGCCCGUCUGAAGCCUCCGAGUAUCAAACAGAUCAGGUGUAGCCCUGCCCUCGUUACAUGGCAGGUGGGCUGGCGUGGUCACGAGAUUUAACCCACAACCUCAUUACAUUUUUUUUUUUUGACAAGUUCAUUUUCCAUGUACAGUCACAGACGUAUUGCCAAAGGGCUCUGAGGGCAGGUGCUUAAAAGCAGAACAAAAACGCAAGGACCUAUCUGAUCAAAUCUGAAAACACCAAUGUAUGUGUAAAGAAAGGCCGACUGCUAAGUUCGUGCUAGAGCUGUCUCUCUCCUCAACCCCUGUCCCAUUCAUCUUAGAAACAUCCUAAUCGUCACAAGGCUGCUGUCAGGUAGGUCGUAUUAUCCCCGUUAUACAGCUGGGGAGACGACUUCUCCAGAGUGACAGGUCAGUCAGGGUUAGUACUCAGGCCCCUACUCCAGCAAUCAGACCACUAGACUGCACUUGUCUCAGGUUUCAACUGGUUUUUAUUGCCUCGUUGUUGGACAGGGGUAGCUUGGUUGUGAAGUGAGGAAGAAUUACCAGCUGGUUUCAU